AUGUCCGGUGCAGAAGUUCUUGGCAUUAUUUCUACUGUGAUUUCCAUCAUCGAUACUACGAUCCAGCUAAGCAUUACUAUUAAAGACGAAGCUAGUCUGCCAUCCAACUUCAAGACAGUAGCAGCAAAACUGCCUCUGAUUGCAAAGCUUCUCGAUAAUACAGAGCGAUAUGUUGAAGAGGAAGCAAACAACGAUCUCGCAUCAACUUUCCUGGCUAUCUUACGAGACUGUGAAGAGAAAGCUACAAAAUUACAGGUAUUGUUUGAAAAGGUUGUCCCGGCCAACGGUGACUCGAGAGUCGACCGGUAUAUCAAAGCUGCUCGAACCAUCGGCAACGGUGGUCGCGUGGAGACCCUGAUGAAAGCAAUUCUUGAUGGCCUACAGCUUCUUAUGACCACAUUCCCGAGGGUUACAUCUCGAAGAGGACUGGAAAACUUGACAAAAGCGAUUGAGUAG